GCCAGAGACAGAGAGCCAGAGAUUAUAUCUGGCUGAGUGAACGGCUUGGCUAAAUGAAAUUCAAUCAGGCUAAUAGCUGGCGUAACCAAUGGUCCAAUGCCCGAAUGCUCGAAUGCGCCAAUGCGCCAUUGCCUUUGCCUUUGCCGUUGGCUUUGAUUCGAUUAUGUGUCCUCGCCUCUGUGCCGUGCCACACCACACAGAAUGCCAGUUGCAUUCAUAACGAUAUGUCGUCCUCGUCCUCGUCGUUGUCGCUGUCGGGUUGGACAUUUCACUGGGUGCAAAGAGUGGCCAUAGCAGCGCUACUUCUGUUCUACGGACUGACCAAGUUAUUUGGCCUGAUGGCUGCCUCCACGCCGCGCAGAGGGCAGAGGGUGCGGCAGUCUCUGUACUGGCGCAUCCAUGGCUAUGUGAUGCUCAUUUUUGUGGGCUGCUUCUCGCCCUUUGCCUUCGCUUCGGUCUACCAUCGGAUGGCCUUUCUGCGCCAGAACCGCCUGCUGCUGCUGGUUGGCUUCAAUCGCUAUGUCCUGGUGCUGGUCUGCACCUUUGCCACGCUCUACAUCCACACCACGAAGCAGGAGGAGAUCGUCGGGUGUCUGAAUCAGUUGCUCCGGUGUCGGCGCCAGUUGAAGCGUCUGAUGCACACCCCAGAGCUGCGCCAGUCCAUCGACCACCUGUCCACGAGGGGCAACCUUUUAAUCGUGGGAGUGCUCAUCGGGGUGUACAUCCUGUCGCCGGUGCACACCAUCCAGAUACUCUCGUGGGACCCCGCGGUUAAAGCCAAUUUCCUGUACGCCUUCAGCCUGGUCUUCAUCUAUGCCUGCAACCUGAUCCUGCGGCUCUCGCUGGGCCUCUACGUGCUGGCCCUGUUGCUGCUCGACCACCUAGCGCAUCAUUCCAAUGAGCUGCUGGCCAGGAUCCUAGCGGAUGCUGCCUCGCUACAGCCCCCCUUUGGCUACGGCAUCAUUAGGUGGCGGCAACAGCUCUGCCGCAGCCAACAGAAGUGGCUGGCCCUGGAGCUCUGGCGCCUGCUCCAUGUCCACCACCAGCUGUUGGCCCUCUUCCGUUCGAUAUGCUCGCUCAGCGGCCUCCAGGCCGUUUGCUUUGUGGGUAUGGUGCCCUUGGAAUGCAUGGUGCACAUGUUCUUCAGCUACUUCAUGCACUACAGCAAAUUCAUUCUGCGAAAAUACCAGCGACCCUUCCCCGUGAACUAUCACAUCAUUUUCUUCACGAUGGGCCUCGUCGCCAAUCUCGUUCUGGUCAUAUGCCUCACCCAUCGGAUGAGCCGUCGCUUCGCCCACACGCGGGAGACCCUCAGGAGUGGUGUGCUGGCCCUGCCACCGGCUGGCACAGUCAAACAGCUCAAUCAAACUCUUCACUACUACGGACUGUACCUGAAGAAUGCCGAGCACAUAUUUGCGGUUAGCGCCUGUGGCCUGUUUAAGCUGAACAAUGUCCUAUUAUUCUGCAUUGUGGAGGGGAUGCUGUACUACCUGAUGAUACUCAUACAAUUUGAUAAGGUCAUAAACAAAUAGCCAAGACAGGCUAUGACAUCGGCCAAUGACAAGUGCGAUAAAUAAAUACACAUUGCGAGUAUAAAUUAAAAUUAAUAUGUUCUCUCUG